CGGGGAGCGACGGGCAGUUUGCGGGCGGAGGGAAAGGGAGGCGUCGCCGGGCAACUGUCGCUGCGCGAGAACGGGCACAAGGGCGCGAGGGGGGUCGCCGAGCAACGUGAAGGGGGGAGCGCGAGCGAGCGAACGAGCAGCCGUCGCCGAGGCAACCGCGGCCGGGCUCGGGAUCAGGAUCAUCGUGCGGCCGUCGCCGGGGUAACCGGGGUCGGGGUGGACGGACGGACGGACGGGCGGCAAUGCCGGAGGCCACGCUGAGGGAACAGACGCUGGGACUGGCCCAGGACUACCUGCAGCAUUGCCUGGGCCCGGGCUCGACGGGUCGCCAGCAACAACAGCAGCAGCAGCAGCAGCAGCAGCGGCCGCCCGACAAGACGGCCUGCACCCUGCGCAAGGUGGCCGACCAGAUGGUGGAGCAGCACCAGGCCGCCUUCAGCAGCAUGAAGAGCCGGCUGGACAACGGCCUGCAGGUCUACGCCAGGCCGAGGAGCGGGCCCACAGCUGGAGCCGGGCCUGACAAGCAAGAGGCGGCCGAGGCCCAGGCCCAGGCGGCGGCAGACUUCCUGCGGCGGGUGGUGGAGGAGAUGUCGGCCGACGAGAAGAUGAACUGGGGCCGGGUGGUGAGCAUAUUCGCCUUCGCCGGCGUGCUGGGCCGCCAUCUCCGCGACUCGGGCGUCGCCAUGUGGCCCGAGGCCGGGCCCGGCCCGCUGGACAUGCUGGCCGAGAGUGUGGCCAACUACCUGGGCAAGGAGCGGCGCGACUGGAUGGAGCAGAACGGAGGCUGGGAAGGAUUUCUCCGGUUCUUUGGAAGCGAUGACCAUUGGCAAGAGUCAACAGUACGAAACAUGCUGAUAACGGUUGCUGGCUUUGGUAUAGCUGGAUUAGCGUGCCUUCUUGCCGUCCGAUAGACUGCAAGAAACUCAUUGGAACAGCUGCUAACAUCCUAGAAGAUAUAAAUUUCUCACGCACAAUGUUUUCCAAUUUUAUAUCUCCAUUUUUAUAAUAUAUCUGGAUGUUGCCAUCAUAUGGAACAGAGCAGCAAAACAGUAUGGAGAUUCUCAAACUUUUGUCUGCAGUUUGCUAGUGUUAAGUUUGUUUAAUGUACACAAACUUUUUUAAAGGUAUACGGUCUACAGUACAAUGAAGUAUCCUUUAAUGUUUUCAGAAGGCAUUGAGCUUGAAUAAUUGGAGGUCUGAUUUAUUGUGGGAUGGUGUGGAAAAUGAGGGGCAGUAUCUGCAGAAUUAUGAAUCCUUUCUUCUAGUCGAGUAUCGCAAAAGAAUUGCACUAAUCGUUGGAGUAAAUUGGCUAAAGUAUUGCAUAACCAAAUCCAUUUGGAUGCUUUUGUUUAUGGCAGUGUGUAUGUGUCUGUGUUAUAGUCAGAAACCAGCUUUUGUGCCCUGGUCGAAAUUAAACUUCACAAUCUACAGUU